AUGAGACAAAACAUUGUUAAUGAAAUUAAAAGUGCUGGGAUGUUUUCUAUACUAAUUGAUACAACGCAAGAUGUGAAAGUUGAAGAUCAAUGCUCAAUUAUCAUCAGGUAUCUAACCGACUCGGUUAAAGAAAGACUAAUAGCGGUGACAAAUGUAAAAUCAUCUACAGGAGAAUCUAUGUUCCAAUUAGUCAAAGAAACUUUGGAAGUAAAUGGUGUUGAUUUAAAGUAUUGUAUUGGGUCUUCUACAGAUGGUGCAUCAAACAUGCAAGGGCGUUAUAAAGGAUUUUCUAAGUAUUUGUCAGAUGAAAAUCCAUCUCAGUUGCAUGUAUGGUGCUAUGCCCAUUGUUUAAAUUUAGUUAUGAUUGAUGUGACAGAAAUAACUAUUGAAAGUGUCAAGUUUUUUAGUCUUCUUAAUGAAUGUGCUAAUUUUUUAAGAGAAUCCUAUAAAAGAAUGGAUGUGUGGAAAGAAUUAUGUGGAAACAACAAACGAUUAGCAAAAGCAGGAGAUACAAGGUGGUGGUCUAAAGAAUCGUCGAUUACCACUAUUUUUGGCCACUUCGGUAUGCCUGAAAGUGCAUUAUAUGUUGUAUUAAUUUCAGUUAUGUUUAAAAUUGCAAAUUCUGAUAAGUUUAAUCGAAAAACACGAUAUAAAGCUAUUACAUUAAAGGACUCUUUUUUAAAAUAUAGUUUUGUCAUGACAUCACAAUUAUACUUACGAAUAUUUGAGCGUAUACAUAUAUGUCGCCAUUGUCCAAGUAUUUGCAAACAAGUGGAAUGGACUUAG